UACAAGAAUUUCCCUUGAAAUACAACUUUUCAUAAUGGAGAAUUUCGUCAUAAGAGUAAAAUCAAAGUCUGGACAAAAAAUUGUAGAUAACUUAACCCCACAGGAUACUGUAACUAAUUUAAAGAAUAAAUUAUCAGAGAUCACUGGAAUUCAAACAGAUGCGUUACAUGUACUACGAGGUUUUCCACCAAAACCUCUUGACCUGAAUGAUAUUAACUCCACAUUAAAAGAAAGUGAUAUUUUGUCUGGAGAAACUUUAAUUGUAGAAGAGAAGCAGAAUAUGUUCAAUAGUAAACAAAGAGUUGCAGAUAUGUCUUGUAAACAUAUCACAGAUAAUUUGGAUUUUGGAAAUUAUCCAGGAAUUCUAAUGAAAAUGGUUGUUCCCGCUGAUGAUUCUUGUCUUUUUACUAGUGUUGGAUUUGUUCUUAAUGGAAAAGUAGAUCCAACUUGUGCACAUGGUAUGAGAGAAAUUAUAGCUAAUGCAGUAGCAGCUGAUGUAGAUGAGUAUUGUGAAGCAAUAUUAGGUAAACCUAAUCAAGAAUACUGUGAAUGGAUAAUGAAACCAAAUUCUUGGGGUGGAGCAAUAGAGUUGGCAAUAUUAUCUCGUUUUUAUGGGCUAGAAAUUGCUGUAGUCGAUAGCAGUAACGGUAUUAUUAAUAGAUUCGGAGAAGAUCAGCAUUAUGCUCAAAGAGUUUUUCUUAUUUUUGAUGGCAUACAUUAUGAUCCUUUAUAUUUGGAACCACUUCACGGUGAAAGUAUACAAACUAUUUUUCCCAUUGAAAAUGAAAUGAUUCUACGUCAAGCUGCUAAUUUAGCCCAAGAAGCAAAAUCUAGUCAUCAAUACACAAAUAUUAAAAAGUUUACAUUAAAAUGUAUGAUUUGUGAUGUUAAAUUAAGUGGUUCUCAAGCUGCACAGAAACAUGCCAUAGAGACUGGACAUCAAAAUUUUGGCGAGGUGGUUGCUUAAUGUGAUUAAAUGCACUAAAAAAAUAAGCAUUUUGCUUUAUUCAUUGUAUAAUGUUUUGUUAUAGAUAUAAAUUCA